AUGGCCGAAGAACCUCAGGUCAUGUCAAUCCAGCAACGGAUUGCGGCACUUAAACAAGCGCAAGUUGGUCAAAGCUCAGGAACCGAUACCAGCGAGCCUGCCCAUGUCCAGCCCACUCUUAUGCCCAUCCGUCCGGCUGCUCCCCCGCGACCCAAGACCUUCACCACCAACAACACCAACGACAGUUAUAACACCCAUGCUGCUGGCAGCAAUGGCUCCGUCUACAAUCGUUCGUCCGCUUCAAACGACGCGGUCCCUCCUAGACCUGUCCCUCGUCCCGCUACUGCACCAGCACCGCCCCCGGUAAAACACAAAACGCCCCCUCCUUUGCCUGCUCGCAAGCCCUCCGAUCAACAGCGCCCAGCACUACCACCGCGCAGACCGACUCAACCCUCUCAUAAAGGCUCCUUAGAGUCCAUGGCCUCAGAUAUAUCUAGAUCGACCACUACAAGUACCGGAAGGACAUCGGCUAGCUCCAUUAAUACAGGCCCUGGCCGCUCCCUGCCACCCGCUUGGGGCGAGGCUGAGCUGCCUCCAUUGCCCCCAAAGCGCCAGCCACAACCACCACCGCGACCGACGCCCACGACUAUGAGGAGUAGCAGUAGCAGCAGCAGGCUAUCUCCACCUCGUCCGUCUUUGCCCUUGCGGCGGAAAUCCAGCCAGAGCAACUACUCCAUGGAAAGCAAUGAUUCGCAGGCUUCCCGGCUGCCUCCCCCACUACCGUCUAGAAGCACCAGCGACAGGUCGUCGACAAUCAACGAAGAGGAAGAGAAGAACCCACCACUACCAGCUCGGAGGCUACCCCCACCCCCGCUGUCUAAUGAUACGCUGGGUAAGCUCAAACAAUCCGGCUUUGCGGCGAUCAACAAAUCCUUUGGCAGUGCCAAUGGAGUUGCCAAUGAGCCCAGCUCCAAUGGUGUGCCCCCACCUGUCCCGCUGGCAUCGCGUCCGGAUCUCUCCAAAAUCCAAGCUACGAAGCCUCGUCUGUAUGCGUCCAAUGCGCCCAUGAUUCCCACACCGGUUGCGUGCUUGAAAUGCCGCGACUUCUCUGCCGCCGAUGCCCAUGCAGCUCGAUAUCCACGCACAUCUCUCCCAACACACGACUUGUCCUGGCUGGCAAAUGAGCUCACGGGGCCGUUCCCGUCGCUCACGGACAAAGCUCGGGUCAUUUUUACAUGGCUCCACCACAAUGUCGCGUAUGACACAGAGGCUUUUUAUAAUAAUCGGGUAAAGAAGCAAACUCCGGCCAAUACACUCGCGACGGGUAUGGGUGUGUGUGAAGGGUAUGCUGGGUUAUUCACUGCGCUUGCUACACAUGCAGGUCUGGAGGCGAAGACGGUCCAUGGCCACGGUAAAGGCUAUGGUUAUGUGGCACCUGCUCCCGGCUCUCCAUUACCUCCUGUUCAAGGUGGCCAUGCUUGGAAUGUGGUUAGGAUUGAUAACGGGCAGUGGAAGCUGAUUGACCCCUGCUGGGGCGCUGGGUGCGUCCAUGGCCCGGGGAAACCUUACCAGGCGCAGUUCGACCCGACCAUGUUCACGGACACCAAUGACGAGCUGGGGCUGAAGCACUUUCCGCAAGACCGAACACAGUUCUACCGGGAUGAUGGGCGUCCCGAGAUCAGCUGGGAGGAGUACCUUUUGGGCAAUCCCUCUUCGCCGCUGUGCGUUGAGCAGCCAUUGGUGUUUGGGGAGGCGAAGAAGAACCACAUUGGAGUGCGAUCCUUCCGCCCGGCUGCCAAGCAGAUCUCGGUGCAUCAGGGAGGGCCGGUGCGUUUCCAGUUCAGUCUGAUCUGCGAGCACUGGACGCUGGAGCAUCACACGCGGGCUAAGCCUGGACUGUUUCUGCUGAUUGUGAACGGAGUGGAUGGGCAGAAGGAGGAACGCCUUGUAAUCACCCACGUGCCGGGAUCCAACCCGAACGGCGGGGGAGACGUGUGGUACGUGGACGUGCCGGAUUCCAGGAUGCUGGGGGCGCCGGGCCAGCAAGCGCUGAUAGUGGUGCUGAGCCGGUUCGGGGAUCGAAAGGACGUCCGGGGGUUGACAGCGGAGGAAUACCGGGCGCGAGCCGGUAAGGUGCCGAUGGAGUAUGUCUUCAUUGCACAGUGGGAUCUCGUGUAA